UUAUGCACCUUGAAUGCGUUGAACAGUAAAAAGAAGAAGGAAGACGACGUGCCGCUAGGUCUUCCGAACCUUCCAAGCAGCGAUACAAUGGCAACUCAACUUCCACUGGGCGUCCCUGCUGCCGUGACCGUGCGCGACCUGAGGCUGCAGUACAGCAGCCGAGCACCUCCCGUCAUCAACGGCGCAAACCUGACCGUGCCCAAGGGCGUCAUCUACGGCCUCCUAGGCGCCAGCGGCUGCGGCAAGACGAGCCUGCUGAAGUGCCUGGUCGGCCUGUGCAAGCCGAACUCUGGCACGGUGCUGGUGUUCGGCAAGCAGCUGCACCAAGGACUCGUGCCUGGACCGGCCGUGGGGUUUAUGCCGCAGGAGCUCGCUCUGCACGAGGACUUCACCAUCGCGGAGAACAUGUACUUCUUUGGCCAGCUGCUGGGAAUGCCGUGGGAACUCAUCUACACCAGGAUAAACUUUCUAUGCUCUUUCUUCCAGCUGCUGCCCGCCAACCGAUUCGUCGAGAACCUCAGCGGCGGCCAAAAGCGGCGCGUGUCCCUGGCCGUGGCGCUGAUCCACUCGCCGCCCUUCCUGAUCCUGGACGAACCCACGGUGGGACUGGACCCGGUGCUGCGAGACGCUAUCUGGCGCUACUUCGUGGUGCUGUCGCACGAGCAGGCCACCACCAUCGUGGUCACCACGCACUUCAUCGAGGAGAUCGCCGACGCCGCUCUCGUGGGAAUCAUGCGCAACGCCAAGAUCUGGUGCGAGAAGCCGCCUGAGGAGCUAAUCAGCUUGUACGGACCGGGCACGCUGUCCGACGCCUACCUCAAGGUGUGCCGCCGCCUGGACUUCCCCGACGACAAGGACCCUUCGCCGCCUCCGCAGCCGGUGCAGCCACUCGAGGUGAAGCUGGCCACCAUUCCGGACGCCAUGUUGACUUGGAAGAACUGGGCAUCGGUGCGCUCCGUCACCCGGGUUCGGGCACUGGUCGCCAAGAACCUGCUCAAGAUCAUGCGCCGACUCGUCACCAUCGUGUUCCAGCUCGUGAUGCCAUCAUGCGUCGGCGUGGUCUUCUGUCUUUUCGUGGGCGGCAACCCGACCAACUUGCCCAUGGCGGUGGUCUGCGAUGAACCGCAGGGCACCUACUCGAAGGCUUUCCUCUCGUUCAUCGACCCGGUCAUCAUCGAUCAGAAGGUGUACCCGAACCGCGAGGAGGCGUUCGCUGCCGUGCGGAGAGAGGAUGUUUGGGGCACCAUUCACAUACCCGGCAACUACACCUUGAUACUUGAGCAGCGGAUGAAAAAUCUUUUCCGGGUAAGCGACAGAAUCGCAAGGCUGAGCACGAUCAACGUAUAUAUGGACGCAACCGACUACACGAUCCGCAACGCCAUCAUCAAGGAGCUGCAUCGCGCCAACGACCAGGUGUUACAAUUCGCCACCAGGACGUUGAUCAACCGGAGCCUCUCCAUCGAGAUGCUCAAGAUUUCCGAUCCGUUCUACCAAGCCUUCGACUUCACUUUCCGGGAAUUCAUGAGCCCCGGAAUUAUCGCCUGCACCCUGUUCGCACUGUCCAUCACGCUCACGGCACUGCUGUUGGUCAGCGAGGACCAGGGAGGGAUUCAAGGCCGGUGCGCCGUCGCAGGGUUGAGCACCACCGAGGUGAUAAUAGGCCACGCGCUGGUGCAGACGGCGCUCGCGUACGUGCAGACUGUGUUCAUGCUCGUCGUGUUCGUCAGCGUUUUCGACACACCCGUACGCGGCUCCAUCUUCGUGGCCUUUAUUAUUCCCGUCUUCAUGGCGUUCACCGGCAUGAAUUUCGGGUUCUUCACGUCGUCGGUGUCCAAAGACGAGGCAACGGCGCUGCUGAUGUCAAUGGCCGCAUUAUACCCGGCGCUGCUCAUGGGAGGGGUGCUGUGGCCGGUGGAAGGGACGCCCACUGUGCUGCGGCCCGUCAGCUACGCGGUUCCGCAGGCGCUGCCCGUGCACGGACUGCGGGGCGCCAUGCUGCGCAACUACACCAUCGCCAACCGCCAAGUGCAGUACGCCGUCGCCGCCAACGUCGUCUGGACGCUGGCUCUGCUGCUGCUCGCCAUCUUCACAUUCUCGUACACGGCCAAGUAGAACGCGGGGUGGGGGUCAAUCUCAUCGGCGUUCCAUGCAUCUCUCCAUUCCCACAGACAGCAGUCGAUUAAAACUGCAUCGCCAUCAGUGUCACGAUGAACAGCGUGUGUAUUAAUU